GACGUCGCUUUAAAUGACGUCCCCAGAUGGUGAGGGCGCAGGUUAGUGAACCUGUGAAAGGGAAACUCUGUCUCGGCAGCACAAGACGUCAAAACACGAAGCUUCAACCCUGAUAACGGGAUACAACCAUGUUGCGGCAAGCUUCUCGGCUGUUGGCUGGACGCAUCGCCGCCGGUAGGGCGGCGCGGCUGCUUUCCACCGACGUCCCGGCGACCGCCACUGCCGACUCGAAUUUCGUGGAAGCGUGGAAGAAAGUUGCCCCCAACUUAGAUCCUCCCAAGACCCCUCUCUCUUUCAUGCAGCCUCGCCCUCCCCCGCCUUCCGCCAUUCCCUCCAAGCUCACCGUCAGCUUCGUUCUCCCCUACGCCUCUGAGCUGUCCUCCAAGGAGGUUGAUAUGGUCAUUAUUCCGGCAACAACUGGGCAAAUGGGUGUUUUACCUGGCCAUGUAGCCACAAUUGCAGAGUUGAAGCCUGGAGUCCUUUCAGUUCACGAAGGGAAUGAGGUGACAAAAUACUUCAUUAGCAGUGGGUUUGCCUUCAUUCAUACAAACUCCUAUGCUGAUAUAUUGGCUGUUGAGGCUGUGCCAAUUGACCAAAUUGACCCAAGCCUUGUUCAGAAGGGCCUUGCAGAGUACACCCAAAAGAUGAGUUCAGCAUCAACUGAUUUGGAGAAAGCUGAAGCCCAAAUUGGCAUCGAUGUCCACAGUGCUCUCAACUCUGCCCUCACGGGCUGAUCACAUUUUCCUCACUUUGCUCAUCUUCUGCUUUCAGCCCAUGGUUUUCUAGGACUGGCAAACAGCUCAUGCAUCUGCGUUGGAGUUGAUGGGCAUUUAGAGGAAGUUUGAAUAAGUUCUCAGAAACAAGAACCAGCAUUCUCUUUUUAGGGCUGGGGAUGCCCCUCAGCUUCCAGAUAGUUUUACUUUCUUGUGUAUGGAUUUACUCUAGAGGCUGUUUUGGUAUGAAGGUUAUGUGGAGGAUUUGGAACCUGUUUUUGUUCUAGUACCCUACCCUCAUUUGAAUGAGACUUCUUAACACCAUUCUGCCCCUGAAGAAAAAGAAGGGCUUUGUUAGAAGCAAGAUGUGGAUUGUUGAAAUUAUUUCAAACCAUGGCACUUCAAUAUCCCAUUGUAAUUUUCCCCCCUUCAAGUUGCUAAGUGGUUUGUGCUUUCAA